GGUUGCCGCGGCUGUGAAUGGGUGCGUCGUCUGGGCUGUGUUGACUCGCUCCUCUCUGGAUGCGUUUGGGACGAGCUGCUUGGACAGCUGAGAGCCUCUAGCUGUCAGCAGAGCUCUGGUGCUUCCUGCCGCCGGCUCUACCAGGGACCUUAUCCUCUGACAUCUGGCAGCACUUCUCUUUUUUUGGGGGGAUGGAGCAGUUGUGAUCCCACUGACAAUUUCUUUUGCUGAUUCCCUCUUAAAAACCAAAGCCUGGAGUUUUGAUCCUAUAGUUAAUGUAUGUAGCACUUACCUCAACUCCACCAGAAAUGAAUGCCAACAGUAUGCCUAAACAAGUGGAGGUGAGGAUGCACGAGAGUCACCUGGAGCCCAUUGAGGCCAGGCCUCAGUCCAAAUGUGCCAAAAUCUGCUCCAAGCUGUGUACGAACCUUCUGCUCACACUCACCAUCCUCGGUGUGAUCUUGGGAGCUGUAUCAGGGAUGUUGCUGCGUGUGGCCUCCCCGAUACACCCAGAUAUCGUCAUGGUGAUCGCUUUUCCUGGAGAUAUCCUGAUGAGGAUGCUGAAGAUGUUGAUCCUGCCACUCAUCAUCUCCAGUUUAAUCACAGGUCUGGCCGGUUUGGACGCCAAAUCCAGCGGUCGCCUGGGCACCAGAGCAAUGAUCUACUACAUGACCACCACGAUUAUUGCCGCUGUCCUGGGAGUCAUCCUGGUGUUACUCAUCCACCCUGGCAACCCCAAACUGAAGGAGAAUCUGGGCCAGGGCGAGAAAAAUGAUGAUGUCUCCAGCUUGGAUGCCUUCUUUGAUCUGAUCAGGAACCUGUUCCCAGAGAACCUGGUGCAGGCUUGUUUCCAACAGAUCCAGACGGUCACAAAGAAGACGGAGAUAAUUAUUGAGGAGAACCUCAAUGCCACCACCAUGGAGGGACUGGUGGCCAACAUCACCAAGGAGCCUGAGUUCCUCGUCCAGAAGACCCUGCACUUCAAAAGUGGCAUGAAUGUCCUGGGUCUGAUUGGUUUCUUUAUUGCAUUUGGCAUCUGCAUGGGCAAGAUGGGAGAGAGGGCCAGACUCAUGAUUGAAUUCUUCAGCAUCCUCAAUGAGAUUGUGAUGAAACUUGUCAUCCUGAUCAUGUGGUACUCUCCCUUCGGUAUCGCCUGUCUGAUCUGUGGUAAGAUCAUCUCCAUCAAGGAUCUGGAGGUGGUGGGAAGGCAGUUGGGCAUGUACAUGGUGACUGUAAUCAUCGGCCUCAUCAUUCAUGGAGCAAUCUUCCUGCCCAGCAUCUAUUUCAUUAUCGUCAGGAAAAACCCCUUCACCUUCUUCCUGGGUAUCUUCCAGGCCUGGAUCACUGCUCUGGGUACAGCAUCUAGUGCUGGAACCCUGCCCGUCACCUUCCGUUGUCUGGAGGAAAACUUGGGUAUUGACAAAAGAGUCACUCGUUUUGUGCUCCCAGUCGGUGCCACCAUUAACAUGGAUGGAACUGCUCUGUACGAGGCUGUGGCUGCCAUCUUCAUUGCCCAAAUGAAUGGUAUCUACCUUGACCCGGGCCAGAUUGUCACUGUCAGUCUGACAGCCACCCUGGCCAGUGUAGGAGCAGCCAGUAUUCCCAGUGCUGGCCUGGUGACUAUGCUGCUGAUCCUGACUGCUGUCGGCCUGCCAACGCAAGACAUCAGUCUGCUGGUUGCUGUUGACUGGCUGCUGGAUCGAUUCAGGACCUCGGUGAACGUGGUUGGUGACUCCUACGGUGCAGGCAUCGUGUACCACCUGUCCAAGGCAGAGCUCGACGAGCUGGAUGCAAACACGGCUAAGUCAGACGACAUCGAAAUGAUGACGAAGACCCAGUCUUACUACGACGACAUGAAGAACCACCACGAAAACAAUUCCAACCAGUGCGUCCUAACCGCUACCGCUACAACCGCUUCCACUACUGCUAACAAUUCUGUCGUAGUAGAUGAAUGCAAGGUAACCUCAGCCACUAACGGCUCUGCUGCGGAGUGCACGCUUGUUGAGGAGGAACCAUGGAAACAUGAAUAAUGGCAGCACAGAGAUCCCCUGCUCCUGGGCUCCACAAGCUUUCCUACCUGCUGAUAAAAAAAAAAGAGUGAAUGAAAAAAAAAGUCACACGAACAGAACUACUAAUUGUUUUGUUUUUUAAAUGUAGUUUAGUUUUCUUUUCUUUUCUUUUCAUUAGUCCCUUUAAAGGUUUUUGUAACUGUCUAUCUGACUGAUAUAUAAUACUAUAAUUCACUUAACCGUGAAAGGAUAACAGAGGUAUACUUUACCUGUUAGAGCACAAUUUUGUCCUUUAUAGCAGAUACUUGCACAACAUACUUCAAGGCUUGGGGGAGGGAAGGAAGGAAGAGAAAUAAAAAUGUUAUUCUCAGCAAUACAUCCUGGUUUCACGUGACGAGGUGAGAGAAGAAGUGGCUGUAGAACACGGGAUGCCUUUACAUCAUCUUCCAAGUUUCGUACAGGUGGUUAACUCUGCUAACGCAGGAUGGCGAGGGUUAGAGCGUUAAUCAUGGCGACCAACGUAGUUUCUUUUUCGCUUUGCAUCCCUGUCUGGUUCACGUACUCGCAGAAGGCCGCUGCUUUUCAUUCCCAGCCCAGUCUCUCAUCUUAAGACCAUCGCGUAACUGCCCAAUAUUACCCACAAGUCCUGAGGUGCAGCAAACUGAUGAGCAGGCAGGAGGUAGUGAGACAAACAGGAAAACCAAUGCUGAGCCUCAUACACUUACAAGCACAGUCACUUAUAAAGCACAAAUAAUAAUAUUAUAGAGCCCAUUUUUAUCUCCCUUUUGUUUUCCUUCUUUUUAGCCUACUGUGAAGAAAAGGGACUUUUUUAUUCUUUAAGUCACCUGUUGAGAGAUAUAACACUUGUUUGUGUGUGUGCGUGCGUGUUUGUGUGUGUGUGUGAGUGUGUGUGUGUGUGUGUGGUGGAGAGAGCAAGAGAGAACAUGACCAAGUCAAGUAUUGGGACCAAACAGGCAGAAAAUCAAUCAACUCACAGAGGCCUUCGACCUGCCUCCAUGACGCAACACACCUUUCAGUUUCCUCGUAUCGACGUCCAUUCCCUGACUGACGCAGACAGCGGCAGCUUCACUUUUUAACGGCGAAGCCUCAACAACUUAACGCAAAGAAAAGCACAACCCUAAAUACAGACGUUUAUACAAGACUUCCUCUAUUGUGACGCCAGUGAAAUUAAAGUUAAAUUAGCGUUGACGUGAUUAUGACGAGAGUGAAUCAGAAUAAUAUGUAAUUGACAUAUUGGAAUUAAACGAAGCACAAAGCAAAGAUCUGUAAAGAGCACAAACGAAGCGAACAGAGCACAAACAAAGCCAAAAUGAGGAUAAUUAUCAGUCAGCGAUAAAAUCAAAAGUCACGCACAUUAUCGUUCCACGUCGACACUGAUCGCAUUCCAAGUAAAAUAAGAAGAAGAUAAAUAAGGGAGAGAAAAAGAUACUCAGGCUUGUAUGUUUACUCUUUUACAGGGAAUAAAAUGAUAAAAUGUUUACUCGCUCACUACUUGAGCUUUUCACCUCAAGAAAAAAAAGCCACAAGCAGCACAUGCGUGGAAAGCUUUGCCUUCCAUGUUGAAAGAGAAUAAUCGUUAUAAAAUGAUAAAAUCACAGGAAGGGACGUUUCCCCAGGACGUACAAUAAAACCACACACACACACACAGAUUUCAGGCUAAAUCCAGUGUUGAAUAAAUUGAAAGCACAGACUAUUGACGACUGACAGAGUAUAAAGGGUGAACCAUCGGAAAUAGAAGAAAUAUGGCAGACAGAUCAUUGGAGAAGUUUUCCAGCUCCUCAUUUAGCCAGACCUAAAAAAGUUAAAUAAUCCAUUCCGCCACCAGAGCUCAAGACUGUUCCUACAAACCCUACAUGCUGCAGCUGUGUGUCCAUACAGGCGAGAAGACAGUUCAAUGGACACACACAGUAACACACAUAAUGCCAGAAUGUUGCCAACUAUCAGGUAAUAUCACACAUUUUCCUCUCAUACAACCACAUGGCUUAAGUAAAGAAAUCUGCAUACAUUAAAAAAAAAAAAUAGCUUGACUACUGGCUCUUUUUUUAGCCUGUGUGAGUGAGAGGUGAGACUCCUGUGAUGUGGAUCAGAUUUUUUAUUUUAUAGGUGUCCGUCUCUCCUGUCUUCUUUUUUUCUUUUGUGCUUAACGAAGACCUCGCCUUGACGGGGUUCGCUUCAGACAAACGCCGACAACACGCCGCGCCCCCCCCCCCGCAGUAACACUAAAGGAGACUUUUAACGCAAAUAGCGCAGCACCCUGUCAUUUUAGCUCCUCUCAAAUGACACCUUUCACUUUGCUUUUUUAUUGAUCACAGCUGACUGAAGUGUGAUUCGACGUAAGCGCACACUCUGCCGUGCACUGCGCAGACAUACACAAAACACGAAUGCACAGACACACACACACACACAUUUCUUUUUUCAAACACACGCAUACAAACGCUGAAGGUCACUCCAUUUUCAUUUGUAAUCAGCGCACUGCAGAGCACAGCACUGACACCCUAACAAGGCCUUCGAGCCCGACCUUUUGACCUUGUGAUCUCCAGGAAAAAAUAAAAGAUAAAAAAAUUAUAAUUAUAGAAAACAGAAAAACCUCCCCAGCGAGGAGACGAUGCAGACCAUAGUGUCACCCGUGGGGAUUGAGUGUUGGACCGCUGUUACGUUCAACCUCACAGUUUUAGAAGCAUGAAUAAAAACAAGAUAUAAUGAUGAUUAUUUUUUGCACCACUAUCUUAAAAGCAUGAUAUUUUGAAGUGCCUCCUUGCACUUUGUGUAUAUAUUGUAGGUAACAGAUUUUUUUUUCCUUUUUGUUUUCUCUUGGGGGGACGUUGAAAUGGUUCGUAGGAGUAUAGUUUCAUUGCUGUGACAUUUUUCAUGUAAUCCUCUAGAAAGAAAAAAAUAUCAUCUUUGUCCUGAGUAAAAUUAGAUUAGAUACAAAUGUAUAGAGAGGAAAACUGUGUAAUAAAUUGCUUGUUUUUUUUAUUCUCUAAUAGCUCUUAACUAGUUGUUUUACUGACCUGUCACACACCAAUAUAUAUAUCAUUUUUUUUGUAUCUAAUGUAAGCGUUUUGAAUGUUUGUUCCAUGAAGAUAUAAGCCGUGUGCAUUCAUUUUCAUUGUACAUAAAUAAAUAUAUAAUUGUUCUGUUCAAUGGCAGUGCAGAGUUUUCCAGAAUUACAGUGAUCCUCACGCAAACGCUGUUUGCAUGACGGCGAGAAAAGAAAAGGGGAAAUGAGAGUCGGAAGGAGAGAGAGAGGAAGAAAGAGAGCAAGGGGAUGUUUUUGCUUUGACUAUAGGGGCCAACAUGAGUUAUUUAGGAGGGAGUUAUACUUUGAUAAAGGCUGAAGAGAAGAGAGACGUAUUAAAGGGAACUAAUUUAGCCCAGGACGUAGAGCAGAGUGAGGAAUCCAACGCGACCUAUAGACGAGAGAUUUGAGCGAGAGAACAGACAUCAUGUAUUCAGAUGCCUGUUACAGUAUCAAGCAACAUUCCUCAGGUGACUCAUCUGAAGCAUUUUGUCUUUUCGGUGGAGAAAACUGGCUUUAGUCUCAGGCGUCUUUGUUUACCCCGUGCAGAGAUCUAGGUCUUUUAGAUCCUGUGUCGAGCUGCCGCAUCGUCACACAUUUUACCCGCUGAGACGCAACAUCGUGGAGGCUGAUAGAAAUCCCAGCUCCACAAUCUGCCUUUACUCCGCUUGCCUUUUCGUUCGCUUUCUAAAACAGAAACUAUAUUAUGCACACACAGACACCUGAGUGAAACGGUACCGAUCACAUGGAUAUCGACCGACAGUGUUUCGACAAAGAGCCAGUAUAUCUUCAAGCUUGUCCUUUUCUACUGCUGAUAACCCGUCUCACUCCUGCCUACAACAUGCUUUCCUCAUCUUACUUUUCUAGGCCUUCUUCCUUCUUUGUAAAGUUGUUGUAAUUCUGAUGUAAAGGCAGAGCAUAUGUGUGGGGGGAGAUACACUAUCGAGUAAAAAAAAGACAAAAAAAAAAACAUGAAUUCUUUCCUCGGUCUAUGGUAUACACAAAAAAAAUCUGUUUCUACAUAUCAAGUGUUGUACCUUUGGUGUACAUAUACAAAUAUAACUAAUAAAUGUUGAUUCAUAACUAAA